AUGUUCUACUACCCUGGAGUCAGGAGUCCUGCAUGGAUGGGUCUUCCCGGGGCUGACGUCAAGUACCUACUUCUGGGAAACUUUUGUUAUCCUAUACAGGAAAUUGACUGCGAUAAACUGGCACGUCUUACAGGUGUAACCCCCAAACGUGCUCAGCAUGCAUUCAGAAUUGCCAGGGAAAACUUACUCAAGUUAUGUGCUAUUGAUCCGCAGUUUAUGUCGAUUGCGUCGCAACAUAAAUAUCGGAGUGAUUUAGAAGAGAUAUCUGCCGAGCAAGCAGAAAAGCAUUCAAAGCACAAGAAAUCAAAGCUUUUGCUCAACGAGUCUGAUGAAGAAAGUAUUGAAGGGUAUUCCGAAUCAGAGAUCGACGACUCUCGAUCAAAUGGCCAUUAUCAGAAGGCUAAGCGCAAAGAAUAUACUAAACGCAAGGGAAAGGGCAAGAUCACGACUCUGCGCAACGAAAGCGAGAACAGCGAGGUCGAAUACGACGAGCUUUCUCAAGCGAGCUUCAAACCCGCAAGCAAGUCCCAACGCCGGAGCACCAAACAAAAGCCUGCGAAGCAGAAGAGACACACCAGGUACUCUACAAGCCAUGGGGUGAGAAAAGAAAGAGACAGUCUUUUCCACACAGACAUCAAGUCCUCAUCCACCCGCGCGGGCCGCCAUAACAUCCAGCACAACAGGGGUCUGAAGCGUGACAGAAACCCAUACAAGUACCAGGAUGGUUCCACAGAAAGAAGUAGCGAGGAGUCAUCCAGUGCCGAGAUGAACGCUUCUUCUUCCCGCCCAAGUCAUGGCAGAGCCAAGGGCAAGCGACUCGCAGAGCCCAGUGGCCUAGCCGAUACUUUGGAUAACGGUAGUGACAUGGAGAAAGAAGUCGAACGCCGACCCGCUCGGACGUACGCCAAGUCCACUGUAGCCAAGACUACAUCACAGACUGGGAAUCGAAAGAAGCUUCAUAAACCCAACGGACUAGCUGAGUCUCUGGAUAAAGAUCUUGUUCGGGGAGCGAUGGAUGGUCUUACAUUGGAUGGGGAUGCGCCGAAGACAAAUGGCCAUGCUGCGAGGACAACAAAAGAAAAUUUUGAUGAAGGGGACGACUCUAUCUCUGAGAAGAACGAGGAAGCUCAUUCGGAUCAUGACUGA